UUGCCAGUGGAGUCCUCUUCCACUCCUCCAUGAUGACAUCACAGAGCUGGUGGAUGUUAGAGACCUUGCACUCCCUCACCUUCUGUUUGAGGAUGCCCCACAGAUGCUCAAUAGGAUUUAGGUCUGGAAACAUGUUUGGCAACAAACCAGUGAGAGUCAUCAAAGAGGAGUUUUACAGGAUUGCAGGUCAGUGGUGUAUAAAUCAGUUUAAAUGAGGCUAACCUGAAAAAUGACAUUCAGAUAAGAAUAUCUUGCUAUGACCCCUGAAAGUAACCUAAUAAUUAGAAUUCCCUUUAGGAUUUCUGAAUGUGGUUGGACGCAUUGAUGGCACACAUUCUGGUCAUUGCACCUUCUAAAAAUGAAGCGGCUUAUGUCAAGAGGUUAACUAUUAUUAAUGUGCAGGAACACUGACAGCCUACUGUUUCUAAUGGUCAAAGACUACAUGACAAUACUGUAUCGGGAGUCAACCCUGAGUAACAGACUGGAAAGGGGAGAGAUUGAUGGCUUUCUGCUGGGAGAUAGGGGUUACCCAUGCCAACCAAAUCUUAUUACCCCUUACUCAGAAGCUGAACCAGGUCCCCAGCAGCGCUUAAAUGUGGCACACUGCAGGAUGAGUGCCCGGGUGGAGAUGACCAUAGGCCUGUUGAAAGCACGUUUCCAGUGCCUAUGUCACCUCAGGGUAACCCCUGAAAGGGCCUGCGACAUUAUUGUGGCAUGUGUUGUUCUCCAUAAUAUUGCCAUAAUUAGAGGGGAGCAACACCUGCCCUACAAUUACAAGAUCCUGAGGAAGACCCCAUCAACCCUGCAGAUUUCCAGGAUGGAAGGGUAGUCCGGGAUAUGAUAUACCGCAAUGUCUUCUCAGAUUAAUCAUGAUAUCCACCACCACCACAAAACAAAAAAUAAAGAAAAUGA